AUGGAAUGGAGGAUGAUAGAUGGCGGGUGUACGGGGGAGGCGAUCGAGUGCGUGGCGGGGAGCUCGAGGGCGGAGGAGUGGGGCGGGGGGGAGACGCCGCAAACGGGGGACGUGGUGGAGGAGAUCACGAUCGGGGCGGCGGCGGUGAUGAGGGCGCCGUUCAAGGGGGGGAGGGGCGGGGUGGAGAAGCUGCUGCACGCGGCGUACAAGCGCGGGAACGCCUGCAUCGUCCCCAGCGGGCCCCUCGGGCGCCGCCGCUACGUGCUCCGAUCCAUCCACGACCCCAACUACGCCGUCGCCUUCGUCGACCGCUCCGAGGGCGAGUGCCUCGUCCUGCAGGGGUCGAGGAGCUCGAGGAUUGCUUUUGCACUGAGCAAGGCUCAGCUGCAGGAUGGGUAUGUAUCAUAUCCAUGGGAGAAGAAGAUGAAGGAAGCACUUCCCAUCCCCGAAUCGAGCCGCUUCCUCUCCAUGCUCAUCCUUCCCAAGGCACUCGAUGCCACUGCUUCUCGCUACAGCUCACUCGAAGACACACUGGCCCGUGCAGAAGCAUGGCUGCUCUCCUCUCAGGCCUCUGGGGUCCCUGUUGUUUUCAUCAAUGUGCAGACCGAGGCUCUGCUUACCAAGAUAUCUGGCGAGGCAGCUUCUGCGACUGUUAAUUCACGAUCCAUAGGUGACCUUGUGAAUCUCGCGAAUGCUAGCCUCUACGGUUUUGAAGACUACCACGGUGUGGACAUUGGAGUGGUUAAGGCAGUUAGGCUUUGGUAUACAGCUGCUGCUGGAGAACUGCCCGUCGAGAUUACUCUUCAAGAAGGCGACACUAGGCUGGGCUUCUCAAUCAGUCGCACUGAGGAGGGGUUCAUCUACAUAUCUUCUGUUGUCGAGGACGACCAAGACAAUGAAACCCCUUCCACACGGUCCGGGCUCAGAGAUCUAUACAGAGAAGCUAAAAGCGCCUCGAAGCUUCUAGUAAUCUCAAGAGUUUCUAACCAAAAAAUGCUUCCCUGGAUGGCUUCCUCCUCGGGUGGCAUUCGGUGCUUCGACACAGUUUCCCUCAGCAAAAAACUCUCACUACACCGCCACGCGCUGCAACCAAUUCUAAUCCAUGUGCUCAAGUGGGAGAGGCCGGUUGAGUUGAGUGGUCCGAUGGUGCUCCCUCCUUCAGCGCAAGUACUGCCGCCGUCUGUGCUCGAUGAAAUACCGCCAAUCUUGGUUUCGAGUGCAGACUCAGAGGCAACAUUAGAGAGGGAUACUGCAGGGGAUGCGUCCUUUAGGUUUCAUGAUUUCACCUUGCCGAACAAUUGGGUUUGAACUUAUGCUUAACAUUUUGCUAGUUAAAUGUAUAUAUAUAUAUGUGUAAAUUAUGUUUUAUACAUCUUUUCGUUAAUGAGAUAGUGAGAUUAUCCAUGAGCAGUUGGCUUUUUUGUGCUUAGAAAGGGGCUGUGGGGUCGUAUCUCACCAAUGACAUAUGAAAGGGUUAAUUAAGUGUCAGUUGUAUACAAAACUCUUCUUUUAGUUUUCAGAAGUUUAUACCGUUUGCGUGGCUCCGACGAUUUA